AUGAGUAAUGAAAUAAAACUAACUUCAAAUUGGGAUAAAGUAUUUCCAAAAAGCAAUAAAGUAAGUCAUAGUAAAGUGACUUUCAAAAAUCGUUUUGGGAUUUUUAUUGCUGCAGAUUUAUAUGAACCAAAAAUAAUCAAAGAAAAGCUCCCAGCACUUGCAGUAAGUGGACCAUUUGGAGCAGUUAAAGAACAGUCUUCUGGUUUAUACGCUCGAGAGAUGGCCGAAAGAGGAUUUCUUACUCUAGCCUUCGAUCCCUCGUUCACUGGUGAAAGUGGUGGAGAAGUUAGGGAUGUUGCCUCACCAGAUAUCAAUACUGAGGAUUUUCAAGCAGCAGUGGACUUUUUAUGGAAUCAUGAAAAAGUUGACUCAAAUAAGAUUGGAAUCAUAGGUAUUUGUGGUUGGGGAGGACUAGCGCUAAAUGCUGCUGCUAUCGAUACAAGGAUUAAGGCUACUGUGGUAUCCACUAUGUAUGAUAUGACAAGAAUUGCCGCAAAAGGUUACUUUGAUUCAGUAGAUGAAGACCAGCGUUAUGAAUUAAAAGAGAAUUUAAACGCUCAAAGAAAUCUUGAUUUUCAAUCAAAUACUUAUGAACGAGCUGGUGGUGUUGUUGACCCAGUACCCGAGGAUGCUCUUGAUUUUGUAAAAGAUUACCAUGAUUACUAUAAAACAGAAAGAGGAUAUCAUGAGCGUUCAGUUAAUUCUAAUAAAGGUUGGGCUAUAACCUCUUCUCUAUCAUAUAUGAAUGGUAAACUUUUAGCUUAUAGUAGUGAAAUAAGGAGUGCUGUCUUAGUCAUACAUGGUGAAAAUGCUCAUUCACGCUACUUUGGUGAAGAUGCUUUUAAAACUCUAAAAGGAGAUAAUAAAAAACUUAUGAUUAUCCCUGGAGCUUCUCAUACGGAUUUGUAUGAUCAAAAAGAUAUUAUUCCAUUUGAUGAAUUGGAAAGUUUCUUUAAUACAUAUUUAGAAGUAUAA